AUGCAAUUAAUUGAUCUACCUGAUGAAAUUUUGUUAAUCAUCUUUCGAAAACUUAACAAAAUCGAAUUAUUUUGUUCGCUAUUAGGUGUUCAUCAGCGUUUAGAUCGCGUUUUACACGAUUCUAUCUUUACGAAUACUUUAACAUUAUUAGAGAAAUUCUCACCUCCAGAUAUUUGUUCGUUAUCGCCUUUAGUACUCGAUCGGUUGUGUUCGCAGGUCUUACCGGCUAUCGAGCACAAAAUCCAAUGGAUGAAUCUCGAAGGAUCAUCUUUAGAACGUGUUCUUUCUUCUGGAAAUUUUCUGCAUUUAUUUGGACUUGGUGUAUAUGGGAUUACAAAAACCUACGCAUUGCAUCUUCUGUCAGAUGAAACUUUAUUAUGUCAUCAAUUGAGAAAACAAAUCUCAUCCCUCGCUGUUCAAACUACUGGCAAUGUUGGUUACCCAUUUGAUCUCAAUGAACUUAUAUUUACAAAUCUGAUUUACACAUUUUCCAAUUUAAAAUCGCUCGAUUUAAAUCCAUUUAAGGUUUAUCAUCAGAUCACUACAAUGAGUAAAGCUCAUUUAUCUGUUUAUUCUUCAACAUUGAGAGAAUUGUCGAUUCAACUGCGUUGGAUCGAUGAUUGUCUUUACAUUCUUGACGGUCGUUUUGAUCAGCUUUGCGUGUUUAAUGUUAAAGUGAUGUAUUCGAGUCGUAGUCGUUCACUCCUAGAUUUUGAUCAAGUGAAAUCAUCAAAUCUACGAUCUUUCUCAUUCACAAAUUUAUUUGAAAUUGAUUGUUAUGACGAAUUUCUUGUACCAUUGUUGCGUCGUAUGUUAAAACUAGAAGAACUUCGUCUGUAUAUGGCAUGUUCUCGUCGAAAAUCAUUCGUCGAUGGAAAUGAUUUGAAAGCGAAUGUUAUCGAAUUUUUUCCACGGUUAAAGGUGUUUAUAUUUGCAAUUUAUUCGACUAUUCGUGAUUAUGACAAAAUGAAUCUCUUAACAAAUGAAGAUAUUCAGAAGACAUUUCUUGAAUUUCCAACUGAGAACAUUGUUUCUUGUGUUGAUUAUUUUCCAAAUAGAAAUGAAAGCCAAUGCUAUGUAUAUACAUUACCAUUUCCUUUAACAAGUUAUGAACGGAUUGCAAAUAAUUUCCAAGAUGGCUUAUUUCCAUCUGUUCGGAAGGUAUCCUUAUUUGACGAACGGCCUUUUGAACAUCAGUUUUUUCGUCGAAUUCAAAAGUCAUUUCCGUUAUUGGAAGAGUUAUCUGUCGUUAAUAGGCAAGCACAAAAUGAAAAGUCAAAAAAUGCCAAUGACUAUUUGCCAUUAAUUUAUUACAAACAUCUCAGUUCACUUGAUCUUUUGUUAGUUCAUGAUGAUUAUAUUGAAGAAUUUCUUUUGGACACAAAAACAUCUUUACCAUUCAAUAUUAAUGUUAAUGUUGCUUAUGAAGCUAUCCACAGAGUUACAGAUGAUUUUCGAAGAAUCGAAACAAGAAUGAAUUGCUCAAAAGUCAAUUGUUUAUAUUCUUCAUUUGAAAUAUCUCGACCUUCAAAACAUUUCGAAGGGUAUUUUCGUAGUACAGUUUCAUACUGA